AUGCAAUCUCAACCUGAAGCGUCCACCUCGUCCUAUACCCCGCCAUUGGAACUAGAAUCAGAAAUAUGGGGAUCAAUACCAUCCAUCGAGAAUGAGAAUAAAAGUGGGACCACUGAUGGUAGUCCAUUGUCAUCACCCGAAAUAGGUGGUAGACGUACAUUACGAAGUCGUAAGAACGUGGAAACACCGCGUAUGACUCAUCCUUUAUCUACUCUCAUCACACCACCUACGAUCCAUACGGAUGUCCUGGGAGAUGUCAGUCGACCAAACUUGAAGAGAUUGACUAGUGAGACUGAACGGCAAGUUGCGGAGUCGUCGACGUCUGGAAGUCUGAGAGGUAGUUUGGAUUUACUUAGGAUGACUCCUACUGAUGGAGGAGGGGAGGGGGAAGAGAGGGAAGUGGAAGUUCUAAUACAUACUAUCAAAUCGAACGAAUCGUUAGCUGGGAUAGCAUUGUUAUAUGGUAUAGAUCUAGCGACCCUCCGUAAAUCCAACAAACUGUGGUCCUCUGACCCCCUGCACAUUCGCACUCACCUCUACGUCCCACUAGAAGCAUGCAGAUGGAACAAAGCCAAGGAGAUACUAGUGCGAGGUCCAGGUGAAGGUCAAGUCACCCUGAUGCCUAAGACCAACAGAGAUAAAGGGAAGGGUAAGGAAGUAUACAAUCUGAAUGGACCUAUUAGUCAAAAUGGAUUGAGUCAUAUAAUGGAUUUAUCAGAUAGUCCACCUUCAGCUUCUACUUCUACCCUUUCACUCGCUUCAACCUUCCUACCCUCAACCAAUCAUUCGUACACUCAAGAAAGCUCCUCUCCAACGGCGACUGAACCAUUAGUUAAUGAACAAACACCUACACCGAGGGUAUUAGACGUAGUGAGAAUACCUUCGAGUCAAUUACGGUUCUUCCCCAAACCGAAACCUGAUAAACCACCUGAUAGGACAUCAUCAGAUUAUUUUGUUUCUGGUUCAAAAUAUAGUCCUGGAUCGAAUACUAACACAAAUACCCUAUCAUCGCCUUUAAGUAGGAAUGGCAGACCCUCAGGAGAGAUAGAAAGAAAGUCUAUAGAAGAUACAUUACAUGGCAUAUCCAAUCAUAGACGCAAUUCGCAAAAUCAUGAAUCACCCAAUGUCGAUGGACCAACCAUCAUCAACGAUUUAUCAACUCUACCUCCACCUCUUAGACCUACUCCUACUUCACCUAUUCAUCCAUCAUCAUCGUCGUCGUCGAUAUCAAAAGGUAGAUCUAAAUCUACUAUCGUCAAGAUACGGCCGCCUAUCAUCCAGACUUCCAGUCAGCAUCAAAGGAAUUAUUCGAAUGGGAUGAGUCUGAAUAUGGAAGGUAUAAAAGGAAGUAUAAAAGAUUUCUUUACCGUCCCUCCUCCACCACCUUCAAACUACGGUACGUUAGGUAGAUCAAAGCCGAGGAAUGCGGAUGGGCAACGGGAAAGAAUGGUAUCUUCACCUUCUACCCUGUCCUUAGGUCAAAACAGUCCGAUCUCAAAGUCGAAUGGUAGUCCAAUAAAUGGGAAUGGAAAGGUAUUGCGAAAACAGGAAAGUAUGGAAUUGAAAACUAGGUAUUCGGACUUGGGACUGGAUCUGGGAUUGGGUGGAUUAGGUAUAAAUGUAGGACAACCUUCUUCGACGAAAGGUGGUGUGGGGAGGAAAGAUAGUUCAGGAGGAGGGAAGGGGGACAAGCAAGAUUGA